UUCUAUUAUUUUACCGAUAUACCCCUUAAAUUUACCGGUGUUUGAACCCAUCGCUUCUCAAUUCCAUCUCCAUCGGAAUCCUAACCACCGUCAGUAAGUUCCAUUCAAGAAUCUGGCGAGAAAAAUGGUAGAAACGAACUUCAUGCACGAGGAUGAUAUACAUUUGGAUGCUACAAGAGCUAGAUUUUCAAGCGUCCUCAAAAGGCAUGGAGAACUUACUGAGCGUCUUUCUAGAGACUCGGAUAAAAUGAUAUUCGAGCGUCUACAGAGGGAAUUUGAAGCAGCACUUAAAUCCCAAACUCAGGAACUUCGUUUAGACGGUGAACAAUGGAAUGAUGGGUUGUUGGCAACAAUAAGGGAACGAGUUCAUAUAGAGGCUGAUAGAAAGGCGAUGCAGUUACCGAUUGAUACAAACAUGAUGCCAAUAUCUGUUUUUCACGAGAAAAUUACAUAUAGAGUUGGAACCAAGUCAAUAUGCUGUUUAGAAGGGCCACGCAUUGGCAUACAGUAUGAAACAUCUUUUGCUGGCGAGCCACGUGAACUGUAUCAUUGUGUUCUUGAAAGCAAGUCAUUUCUUGAGAAGAUGACUGUCCUUGAACACACUAUUCCCUUCUUUUUCCCAAUACGUGAAUUAGAGAAUGAACUUUUAUCAUCAAAUGCAAUGAAAUUCAUAGAUCACAUUGGAGACCUAUUGCAAGCAUAUGUCGAUAGACGGGAACAGGUUCAUCUCGUGAAGGACUUGUAUGGUAAUCAAAUUGGAGAACUUUAUCACAGUCUUCCCUACCAUAUGAUCGAAUUUGUGGUAGAUGAUUUUAAUUGCAGAGUGACGGUUAGUCUUAGAUAUGCAGAUCUCUUGUCAAUACUUCCAACUCGUGUCAGUGUUGUGGCAUGGCCCCUGAACAGAUCAAAUAAGUCCCCAACUAGGAGCAAAAAGGGGAAUGUAUCUUUGGCAAGCAUUACUAGUCCCAUGCGUUUACUAUAUGCAGAAGCUGCCUUGAGCACCCUUAGUUUACCAGAAGCAUAUGCGGAGAUUGUGUUGAAUCUUCAAGAGGCUCUUGAACAAAAUGCCCUGUCCAAGGAUCCUUCUUCUGCUUGAUAACAUUUUAGGUAAGUGGCUUGAAGUUGAAAAUGAAGGUGUACAAGCGAGAAUUCCCUCAAGCAGAUGUAGAUGCUUUCAAGCAAAGGAUUCCCUGAAGCAGAUGUAGAUGCUUUUGUAAAGUUGGUAUACCUUAACCUUACUUUCUUAGGAAUUUCCUAAUGGAUAUGAUUUUCAUCAGCAUUCUACAUGAAAUUCUUCUUACUGUUUGCGGAAACACACCUUAGAAAUUUGUACAGUCGUGAAACUGCAGCUAAAAUUCUGCAUAGUAUCUAUUGAUAAUCCAUUUACUCCUCGAUGUUACAUUAAUACUGGGUAUAUUAGAUAAAAGGGAACCAGGAUGUUACAUA